CUCUCUCUCUCUCUCUCUCUCUCUCUCUCUCCAUCUCUCUCUCUCUCUCUCUCUCUCCCUCUCUUGCUGCGGACGCGCUCCUGUUCAGAUGCAGAGCACAAGCUCUUCUCUGUGAUAUUCUCCAGCUACAACCAGUACAUACGACCAGUGGAAAAUGUGACCGACCCGGUCGUUGUGCAGUUCGAGGUGUCCAUGUCACAGCUGGUCAAAGUGGAUGAACUCAAUCAGAUCAUGGAGACAAAUCUGUGGCUGAGACAUAUCUGGAAUGACUACAAACUCAGAUGGAAUCCAAAGGACUUUGGAGGCGUGGAGUUUAUCCGAGUGCCAUCCAACAGGAUAUGGAAGCCAGACAUUGUGCUCUACAACAAUGCGGUCGGAGAUUUCCAGGUUGAUGACAAAACCAAGGCCCUCCUUCGUUACAAUGGUGAUGUCACUUGGAUCCCUCCUGCCAUAUUCAAGAGCUCAUGCAAGAUUGACGUCACUUACUUCCCCUUCGACUAUCAAAACUGCACCAUGAAGUUCGGCUCCUGGACGUACGACAAGGCCAAGAUCGAUCUGGUGCUCAUUGGCUCGACCAUCAACCUCAAGGACUUCUGGGAGAGCGGCGAGUGGACGAUUAUUGAUGCCCCUGGUUACAAACAUGACAUUAAGUACAACUGCUGCGAGGAAAUCUACACGGAUAUUACUUACUCUUUGUACAUUCGCCGUCUGCCACUUUUCUAUACCAUCAACAUGAUCAUCCCCUGCCUCCUCAUCUCCUUCCUCACCGUGCUCGUCUUCUACCUGCCGUCUGAUUGCGGUGAAAAGAUCACUCUGUGCAUCUCCGUCCUGCUGUCUUUAACUGUCUUCCUCCUUGUCAUAACGGAGACCAUCCCCUCCACCUCACUCGUCAUCCCCCUGAUUGGCGAGUACCUCCUCUUCACCAUGAUCUUUGUCACCCUCUCUAUUGUGAUCACUGUUUUUGUGCUGAACGUCCACUACCGCACGCCAAAGACCCACACUAUGCCCUGCUGGGUGCAGACUGUGUUCCUGGGGCUGCUGCCCAGGGUGAUGUUCAUGACGAGGCCAGAGAGGGACCCUGAGAAAGUGGCGGCGGCGGCGGCGGCCGGCAAUGUUCAGGCGAUGCAUUCAAGGCCCUGUGCCGUUCAUUCGUCAGGUACUCUGCAGAAGCAGCACAGACCUCAGGCCAUGUCCUGUAGCGUGGUGUCCGGCCUGACAAACCGCCAGCGGCUUUUCAACAACACAGAUCUCUCAAACCUCAAUAACUUAAGUGGAGACCCGGCAAAAGGUGCAGGCUCAGCGCUCUUGUGCUGCGAGGGCCGUUGCAACUGCCGUUGGCACCAGAGAUCCAGCCAACUGCCUGCAGACUCCAGGGGAGGGAGCGGGGGACUGGGCAGCCUGGGGGCGCUGACUGGAGGCAGUGCUGUUGGGUUCGGAGUGGGGAGUCAGUGCUCCAGCUCCGAGUCUCUGGAAGGAGGAAUACUGUCCCUGUUGCCGCUCUCCCCUGAGGUCCGGGAGGCUAUUGACAGUGUCAAAUACAUAGCAGAGAAUAUGAGACUACAGAAUGAAGCAAAGGAGGUUCAGGAUGACUGGAAGUACGUUGCCAUGGUUAUCGACAGAAUCUUCCUCUGGGUUUUUGUCCUUGUGUGCAUCCUGGGAACAGCUGGCCUCUUCCUCCAGCCUCUAUUACUUUGGGAUGACAUUUGA